CAUGAAGUUGCUUUGUCAUCUGUGUCAGAUGGUGCGAGAGAGUUUUUUUAUUUUUUGUUCCUUAGCGAAAACAAGCGAGGACAGGGGAGGGGGGGAGCAGUGGCGGCUGUGAAGAAUUACUCGGGAAGAUUUUGGCUGUUGCUGGGAGCCACGAUUGGGGUCUUGAUCGAUGAUCUCUAUGGGGAAGACAUAAUUUCCUUUUAGUUCAUUCUAAACGAAAACUGAAACUGAAGCACUAUUGAGAGGCAUCGUUAUUUCCCAUCGCCAGACCAGUAGUUUCGAAGAACGAAUUCUUUGUUUCUCUUUUUGUUUCACCGUGUUUCAUCGUCAUCGUGUUGGAGAUAGUUGUUACUUUUUGUUUUCGUUUGUUUCGCAUUUUUGGUUUUACUUAACGAGAUAAAAUAAGAGAAAAAGAUGUUUUCCUUUUCGCUUGACGGCAAAGGGGCAAAGCCUACGGGGCUCAAUAGUACUGGUGCGUCGACCACCUCUACAUCGGGUAGUAGUUUCAAACCGCUCUCUGCGUCGCCGCUGCGGGCGCCGACACUGUAAGACAGUAGCAGUAGCAGAGUCGUUUCUAUUUUUUCCGCUAUGCUCUUGAUGUAGUCUUCGUUAUAUCAACUGCGUGUUUCUGUUUAUUAGGACAACAACUACAAGCUUGGACUAGGGGGGCGCUUUCCACGAUUGGAUUUUUUUCAAAGGUGCUGAUAAUUGCUGUCAAGUGCUGGUCGAUAUUUCUCUAAAAAUCUCAUCUGAAAAUCAGCACCGGUGCUUUCCGCCAGUCUCCACCCGCCCCAAAGUCAACGGUAGGACCACUUAUACCGCCAACAUCUACUACUUCCACCUAUAUUAACCCAACGUACAUUCCCGCACCGGCUUCGCAGCUUCCUGGCGCACCACCUGCGCAUGUCUUGCUGACAAACGGCGGUGGUGCGGUCUCGUCGCAUCAACAGCUGAGCAGGGUGAACAAGAACUCCACACGAGUUUCAUCAGCGGGAAGCGCUUCCAACGGGAAGAUGAACCAUAGUACAGCCGGUAGUUCUACUUCUGGUGGAACUGUGAGAACAACAGUUUCCACCACUUUGCCGGCGGGCAGCACUUUCCCUCCUCCGCCCGUACAACUGCAUUCUGUUGCCGAUGGCACGAGUUCUUCUCACGGCGGGUCGACGUCCUCCAGAAGCGCCACCGCCGGUAGAAGAAGCGGUGAUCCCGCGCCAUCCGUGUCAUCAUCACACACGCAAGCAGGAGGUCCCCCCGUGAACAAGCAGGUCCUGCACGAUGCUCGCGCAGGAGCACCAGCGGUGGAUCUUCAUGAUCUUCCGUCUGUUACUCGUCGAGGCUCUCAGCCUGCUCCAGUUCAGCUUACCGCUGGAGGUGCCGUUGACACGACUGAAGGAAAUAAAGAAGAGCUUCAGCCAUCGGGAGAGGUGGCGCAGAAAUUGUCCUCGACGUCUUCGGGUGGUACAACAAACAAAAACGGAGAAACGCCUGGCACGCUGGAAAAAAGUGGGAAAAUGAAUACAGCGCAAGAUGAAACUAGUACGAAUAGCAGGGGUGCGGCGGUGGAACCGGUGGACGAACAAAGAACAUUGCGCACUAAACCGACAACGCUGUUCACUCCAGCAAGCGGCACUACCGCCACGACUGGCGCAGGUAAAAACGCACCAGACGGUGGAGUGCUGCCAGGACAAGUAUUAGAUACCGGGCCUACGACUUCUGCUACAACUUCUACACCCGAGAACGUUUCCCCUCCGCAACGUAGCAGCGCUACAAGAGCAAAGGCCACUGCCACUACUGCUGCAACCGCACCUGUAGAACACGGGGGCUCAACAGUAGAUCCAGUUCCUCCACUCCUAUCGUCUUCAACCGCUACACCUAUACCCGGCUUCGAUGCGCGAGCCUCACCCGACCACGGCCUGCGGCCCGGGGAUAAGGUAUACAACAACAAAUGUUGGAGAGGAAUUGUCUUCAUGCACGACGACCAGGAGGUUUUUUGAAAUUGAUAUGAAUGCGUUCUUCUUCUUGCAGAUCAAAGGUCAAACUUGUCCACCUCCCACACCGAAUCUAAUACAUAAGAUCUUUGUCGUCCUCGUAUCGUAAUAAAUUCUAUCAGGUCAUCUUUUCCGAGGUAAUCACCUCCUCUUCCCCCGACCAACGGCGGCACAGCGCUACCCUCUUCCGCGUGGAUGGGGAGUGCUUCGAAUCCCGCGAGGCCAUGAUGGAGUACAUGAAGAACAACUAUGCACUGCAAAUAUAUGAAAUUUGGAUCUGGAAACAAUACUUGUGAUGCUGAAUCCUGAUAACUGACUGCGCCUCUAAGGGCAGUGAAGCAUGACAAACGUUCAGGACAACGCUUUCUCAUAAUGCCUAGUGCGCGAAAAUACUUAAACAAAAAGCGGCGCUUCUAUAUGUAAGUAUGCAGUACGGAAUCAUUUUCAGGAUUCCGCAAUAAGCGAUACAGAUUGAAAGUGUCCAGAUGGAGCCAUACAUAUCAAUUUGCAGUGGAUAAUAUCCAACAGAGCACCAAACGCGUGAUCGGCGAGUAUUACACCGGCACAUCAGAAGGGGGUCGAGGUGCGGCUGGUUCUAGUUCCGCCGGAAGCACGACAAAUUCUGCAGGUGUUUCUUCAACGGCUGCCGUGUCCUACCAGUGCCCACUGUGCGGGAAAGGUGAUUAGGCACUGGAGAGAAAAUAAGUCUUCCACAGUCACGAAGUCUAAGUUGCAGGCCUUGCAUGACAAAUUUCUUUGGCACCGCAACAGAAUUGAUUAUGAAUUCUCUUACACAGCUUCAGAGUGCACUCCUUGGCUUGUCCGUGAGUAGUAGUAGAUCGUGACGAGCGUUUUUCUCUGGAAAGUGAUGCGACGAACGGCACAAGUGAGCAACCAACUAAUCCGGUGGAAUUCCCCACGCGGGAGGAAUUUUUGAAGCACAUGGGGGAAAUGCACGAGAACAAGGUGACGACGCGUCUCCUGGAGGGGGAUGAGGUAAUCUUGACUAACAGAUACAGAUGAUGAAUAUCACGUGAACGCUUUUCAAUGAAUUUUUUCACUAGUAUCGUUUCAGGAAAGAUGCUUGAUACUAGACGUAACUGUCUGGCGUCGAAAGCCAUGAUCCAACUUUUUUGUUCUUCACAGGCGGCACCUGUAACAAGUACUCUGUCAAAUUAGCAGGUGGUCGACGACAGUGGUGAAGUUCUGACUCCUCGUCGAGCGGAAGAGGCUCGCCAGAAAUUGUCCCAACGGAAGUCUGAGCUGGGUCCGUCGGGAGAACUGCAAAGCAGCCCGGCCACUAGAAACGGUGAAGAAGAAGCCGCACAUCAAGCCAGCAUGCAGAUUGUGACGCAGACGAACCCAGAGACAGGGGAUACGAGGACCAUUCUGCGCGAUGCUGAAACCGGCCGCAUUGAAGCUGCAUUUGAUGAAGACACGGCGGAAUUUCUGUUGGAGGACAAGCACACUGCAAGUUGUAAAAACACCGCCGUUGGCACCACCACGACCCCGGCACAAGGAAGUUGUACUUCUCCAACUUCAAAGGUUUCUGCAAAUAUUAAAUCUAAAGCAAAAUCCAAACCCAAAGCCCCCACCUUGUCCGAAGAGCAGGAGAAGUACCUGCAGGAGCUGUCGCUCCUCGCGUUCCGCGUAUGAGAGUGCACAACUCCCCUCUCCCUCAUUCGUAUGCAAUACAAACAACUGAAGCUGCCUGUGCAUGACUAGUUCUCCGGCCGAAGGUGGUACUAUUUGGCCUUCCGAAAUUAAAAUUUGUCACGCAAACAGUGCCACAGGGCAGAAAAUGGAUUUACGGUUUUGCCUGACAAUCGAGGGGGAGGGGGAGUUGUGCACUUUCAUACCGCGCGUUGGUGCAGGAUAUGGGGAAGCGGUUACUGAUAUCAUCUGUAAAAACGUCUCCACCCCAGAGUUGUCAUGCGAAUUUGCAUGCCCAAAUUGUUUCUCAUGCGCAGCCCACUGAGGAGUAUUUUAAUUUUUUCAUGCUGUCUGGCUCUGGGCCUUUGUUUGUCAUGCUCUAAUCCGGAUUAGAGCCCAGAUUUGUAGUGAUGCGGUCUCACUAGCCAACCACGACUACACUACAGGCCCAAAUUCGUCAUGCGCAACAGGCAAACCUUGUGGGUUUGUGUUGCAAAAUCGCCAACUUGACCUUUAUAGUGGGAACGUUUUCGCACAGGAUAACUGAAGCAGUCCAAGAGCUUUCACGAGAAGAAGCGGCGGAAGGAAUCGGAAGCGGUGCGGCAGGCGAUGGAAUUUUUCGGCCUGAAGGAGGAGGGAGCCACGGCGCAGGAGGCGAAUGCGGCCUACAAGAAAAAGGCACGGGAAAUGCACCCGGACAAGUGCGGGGGGACGGACGAGGCAAAGCAGGCCUUUCAGGAAAUGAAGGCUUUGUACGAUAUGGUGAAAAGCACACUGGAGGGUGCAGGUUCUGGAAGCGGAAGCAAGGCGGUCGGCGAGGACGAGUCGCAGAGUCCGGGUAAGUACUACUAUUGAAAAGUUGUAUUGAUACGAUCUUUUAUUUAUUUUUCGACUUGCUCGCCGACAAGUUUCAGUCUGUCAUGCGGAUGUGGAAGCCGCUGCCGCGAAUCGAAUGCGCAUGCGAAUGCUCUUUUCUGAGAUCCGUUAUUGUCUCGCUGGACCAUUAUAAACAAGAUCAUGUGUGAAGAUAUUUACUACUUUAAUUCGGCUUUUUGAAAAAUAUCAUAUAUUAUUGUUGAUGCCCGCUUGAGUUUAUGGUUACCUUAUUUAAAUAAUUCAAAUGUAAUCGUCUGAUGGUGCAACUCAAACUCUAGAUCGGGCGCAACCGGAAGGCCGUCAAAAAGAAGCUUACGACGAGGACAGCCCACCGCAGGGAAAGCGGGACCAAUAUCCUGGGCAAAAACGUCCUCGCAUCAGAGUCAAGUUGGAAACUUAGCAACACAAAUGCAGAAGUUUUGGGAGCCACGCAUGACAAGUUUUCCUCUGAAUAAUUGUAGUGCAGGUAACCAAGGAUAAGGAAAUCCGCAUCACAAAUCCAUUUCCUCAUCCUGUCUACAGCAUAACAGAUGCCAGAUAAACACGACUGGAAACUACACUUCCCACAAGAAUGUGCAUUACAAAUGUUCCUGAAAUUGCGAAGCUGCAUGACAACCCUGUGGUGGGGACGUUUUUGCUCAGGAUAACCAAGACGAAGCUGCAAAAGCCAUCUCGUACGAUCCGAGUUCGCGGGACAGCAUGCGGGAGGCGCUGGAGAGGAUGUUGGCGCAGAUUCGAAAUGCUCGCCGACAAAGCGAGGACUUGGACAAAUGAUCUGCCACUACUCCCGUACGGGUACUUACCCGCCCCGGCGAGAUUACUUAAUGAUAUGCAGCUCGUUGGUUCAGACGAUGAAGAAUUUAUAAAAGUUUCUGCUCGUUGAUGAAGUGAAGAAUAAACGUUUCAGUGGUGUUUCAUUUUGUUGUCACUUUCUCUCGGAAGCAUUCUACUCAU